AUGCCCUUUGCCCAGCUGGUUAUUGGUCCGCCAGGUGCCGGCAAGUCUACGUACUGCAACGGCAUGCAUCAGUUCCUGGGCGCAAUUGGCCGGAAAUGCUCUGUUGUUAAUCUUGACCCCGCUAACGACAAGACAUCCUAUCCAUGUGCGCUGGACGUACGUGACCUCGUUACCCUAGAGGGUAUCAUGGAGGAGGACAAACUGGGUCCUAAUGGUGGUGUGUUGUAUGCACUCGAAGAGCUCGAAAACAACUUCGACUGGUUGGAAGAGGGCCUGAAAGAGCUUGGUGACGAUUAUAUUCUAUUCGAUUGCCCUGGCCAAGUUGAGCUCUUCACACACCACUCCUCAUUACGAAACAUAUUCUUCAAGAUCCAGAAGAUGGGCAUCAGGUUGAUUGUCAUCCACCUGGUCGACUCCUAUACCCUGACCCUACCUUCAAUGUACAUCUCCGCCCUCCUCCUCUCCCUCCGCGCCAUGCUCCAACUCGACCUCCCACACCUGAACGUCCUCACCAAAAUUGACAACCUCGCCAACUACGCCCCGCUGCCCUUCAAUUUAGAUUUUUACACAGAAGUUCAAGACCUGUCAUAUCUACUCCCGGAGCUAGGAAGCGAAUCUUCGCGGUUCUCACACGAGAAAUUCAGCGCGUUGAACCAGACCAUUAUUGAUCUAAUUGAGGAAUUCGGACUCGUUGGCUUCGAAACGCUGGCCGUCGAAGACAAGAAGAGUAUGAUGAGUCUGCUACACGCCAUCGACCGUGCGUCCGGCUAUGCAUUUGGUCCCGCCGAGGGCGCGAAUGAUACUGUCUGGCAGGUGGCUGUUCGCGAGGGCAUGGGUGGAAUGGAUAUUCGGGAUAUCCAGGAGCGCUGGGUCGAUGCGAAGGAUGCAUACGACGAGCAGGAAGAGAAAGAUCUGGAAGAAGAGGUUCGUAUACGGAAUGCAGCGAGCCAAGUCGAGGCCACUGGUGCAGUAGGCGGAGACGACGAAGAUGACGGACACGCUUACGACGAGGAACUGGAGAAAUGGAAGCGAGAGAUGCCAGACAGCGGCGUGAAAGUACGCCGCAAGCAAUGA